CUCCAGGUGCAAACUCAGAGCAAGGCAUUGCAGAGGUCAAAAUUUCUGUCAGGAGAUUCAGAAAAGUCUUCAUUAACCAAAGACAUUCUAUAUGAAUACGAUCAUCUUAUGGACUUCUUUAAACAGACAGCUGAAAAUUAUGGUUCUGGCCUACCAUCUUUUAGUCAUGAACCGUCUCCUCUGCCACCGGAUUCUUUGCUUGAGACCAGGUUUAAAGAUGUUAAUCCUUACAUUGCUGAAAGUGGGAUUGAAACUUCUGUUAAACAUGAAGUUGGUGUCACGUAUACUUUUGGAAACAUGGAACAUAAUCUCUUGGUUCCUGCCAUAAAUAUGGGAAAAGAGGACUGCUUGAUCCCAAAUCCUGCAAAGUUUGAUCUUGAUUUUUAUGCUUGUUCUAAAGAGGAUAUGGGCAGUAUAGGGGCACUUGAUGCGUGGGACGUUUAUAGUUCUGGUUCUUCUGAAUUCUAUUAUGACGGAGAUGAUUUGUCACAUUUAUAUUCUUAUGGUGAAGAAAAUCUUAAUAAUUAUAUGACACCACGAGCUAUGCUCUCCUCUAGGGUGGAUGGGAACUCGGGUAAAUGUAUUGAUGCUGGAAAUCGAGGUAAAACAGAUGAGCUUAUAAGGAAGAAGAAGAGUAGAACCAGUCAUUCAGCUCCUCCAUUUUACCAAGGCAAUAAGAAGUUCUUUGCCACGGGGGAGUCUUCAAGAACGGAAGCAGGAAAUAACAAUAUUAAGACUGUUCAUGAUGUGCCACUCAUGCCAGAAACUAGAGUUGUAAGGAGACUGCAGCAUUCUGCAGAAGCUAUCUGCUCGGACCUUCCACCCCAAGUUGUGGUGACGUUGUAUUCUCUGAUGAAAGGUCAUGUUAUCAACUUUCUUGGAAGGGCCAAGUGUGAAAAUGAAACUAGUUAACAUCUGGAAUAACAAAUUACAAGCUAAAGGGGAGUGCACAAGUACACGCAAUGGGGAGUCAAAAGAAGAAUUUGCACCAACAAAAACUCAAAGUUUCUUAAUUCUGGGACAUAAUGGAGGGACUUCCGUCCAGAGAUCACAGUUGAGCAUCUUAAGGAUCAGGAUAUUAUACUCAAUGUCACUUCUUGCGUCUUGCAUUUUGUUGGUGAUUCACUGGUUCCUGAUACCAUUGAUAAAAACUACCUGGAGGUUGCCAAAGGUUCUGCAACAGGUUGAUAAGAAGUUUAUUCCGAUUGUGGAGGGCACAACACUUGCUAUAAUUGAUCAGGACUAUUCUGGCCUCUGCAUAGUCCAUUAUGGCCAUUCUUGGUUUCUCAUGAAUUCCUUAUAAUGCAUUUAUUUUAAAAAAAUGUUUCUCUUAGGGAUGGUUUGGUUGGACUAAUUAGUAAAUUUAAAUCAGCAUAAACUUCUGCAUAAAUAGUAUAAUAUUUGUUGGCCGCGUAAGAAAAAGUAAUUUCCGCAUAAUUAUGUAGCACUCAGUUAUCUGCAUUAUAUAGUCAAUGAUAAUGAUCUUUUGUUUGAUUCUAGCAUUUAUCUUCAUUGGACAUUACGCUAAUUUUAAUGUUCUACAACAUGCUGCAUAUGAGCGAAUUUGUUUGGAAGAAUUGCGUGAGAAGGUAAUGAUUAUCUAAAAACUCAUUGACUUGUUAUUUCAACUUGGCUUCGGUAACAACAACAACAUACCCAGUAAAAUCCCACAAGUACUUGGAGUAUGUAACUUAUUGAAUUAUGUGGUCCUAUCUGGACAAAUGAGGACAACAACCUAUCUUGAUUCCGAGCAAGAAUUGGUGCGUUGGUUUUGGUAAUAGGUCAUGCCUGAAAUUGGUUACCAAUUACUACACAACUAUGCUGACCAAAUUCAAAACUGGGGUUGGAUCUGCAACAUUCAUUCACAAGCUUCAAGAUCAUUUACCAGUGUGCUCAUGGACGACCGACUAUUGUCCCUCUUGUCAACUUGGGUGCUCUGCAUGACUCAUGAGCAUACCUAUUUUGGUUCUGCUUGCUACCUACCGGGCAAUAAUUUCGCGCUGAAGAUAUUCAGUCUGUUAUCAUCACAUUGAAGGAUAAUCUAGAUUUGAAGCAUGGUACAUCUAUAUACAGAUUUAACAAAUAAAUGUAUGUAUUAAAUAUACAUGUUUUGCUUUGCUAUAUCAAUAGUUACAUAUUGAAUAACUUGGAUAUUGAUAUUAUAUAUUUAGGUUUUCGUAAUCUUUUCUUUAGGAUUUUUGGAUAUGCAUAUUUAACUUGGAUAUUGAUGAU